GUUGUGUUAUCGAACCCGUGAAGAGGAACAACCAAACGAAAAACCGGAGCUCAAGUAUUUCCCCUUUCGACGACGAUGGCGAUGCGUACAACUCAGGGGAUUAGCCGUCUCGCCGCUGCACUCCGCCGUGUGAGUCGGCCUCUCUCCACCGACGCGGUGGUUGAAGCGGAGGUCAAGCGUGGCGAGAUCGGUAUGGUCUCAGGGAUCCCUCAGGAACACCUUGUUCGCAAGGUGAUUAUCUACUCACCUGCUAGAACUGCCUCCCAGCAAGGAUCUGGAAAAGUUGGAAAAUGGAAGAUCAACUUUGUGUCCACCCAAAAGUGGGAAAAUCCACUAAUGGGCUGGACUUCCACAGGGGACCCCUAUGCCAAUGUUGGUGACUCUGCCCUUUAUUUUGAUUCCGAGGAAGGGGCAAAGACAUUUGCAGACCGACAAGGCUGGGAUUAUGUGGUCAAGAAACGCCAGACUCCGAUAUUGAAGGUUAAAUCAUACGCAGACAACUUCAAGUGGAAAGGCCUUCCUCAAACACCAAACUGAUAUCUCUUCACUUCUGUCUCCCCUGGCUUAAACCUAGUGGGCAAGCAAGCAGCACAUGAAAGCUUGUUUCUUUUCGUUAUGUUUAUCUUCUGCGAGCUAAUGUUGAACCAUUGUCAAGAGGAGAAUCUUUCUAUCUCAAUAAUAUGAUGAUGAAACUCUGGGAUUCUUUAGUUUCUGA